GUGUUUUGCACCCGUAAGGAUUUCAACUCGGUGGUGCUUCGCAUCCGUAAGGAUUUCAACUCGGUGGUGUUUUGCACCCGUAAGGAUUUCAACUCGGUGGUGUUUCGCACCCGUAAGGAUUUCAACUCGGUGGUGUUUCGCACCCGUAAGGAUUUCAACUCGGUGGUGUUUCGCACCCGUAAGGAUUUCAACUCGGUGGUGUUUCGCACCCGUAAGGAUUUCAACUCGGUGGUGUUUCGCACCCGUAAGGAUUUCAACUCGGUGGUGCUUCGCAUCCGUAAGGAUUUCAACUCGGUGGUGUUCCAGGUUUGGUCACUGAUCAACAGCCCACGUGCUGUAUCAUAG